AUUCACGAGGUCCCUGACCAUGUGUUCAUCAGUGCUCUGUUCAUCAACACCAAGGGAGGAUGUCAGAUCUGGCUCAGCCACAUGGCAACCAUCCACGACGUCCAGGUUUCAGACCUGUACAAGAAGGUCUCCUGGGAAGAUAUGACAAAGGAAUGGAAGAAGCGGUUCAUCGUCGACGACGCCCCGACACUCGCCAUCAACCGCAUCUUCACGAUGGCUCAAGGGAGCACACCGACACGUGACUGGCUCACGGAUUGGCAGAAGAUCGUGGCAACGCCCGAUUUGGACUUGCCAUUUCCGCAUCUGCGGCGUGAGUUCUACAACAGGUCAUGCGCCGCUCUCAGCCUCGCACUUGGUGAUCGCGAGCAGUACAACACUUUCGCAAAGAUCAUCAACAAGGCGAGAGAGAUCAUCAAGACCAACAGGGCGGCUGCACACGAGAAGUCCACGUGGCAGCCAACCUAUGUGGAGAAGGACUUCAUGGUGCGCGCCGGCCUUGACCCACGCGUCCGGAGGAAGUCCCAGCCUACGCAAGUCACGUUGGCGGACGGUCACACGCACAAGUCAAUCGACCGGUGCAUUGACAACGUCCCAGUGUACUUUGCCCCUCACGCAAGUGAGGCGGUGUCCUUUGACAUUCCGGACACCAAAUUUGACAUGAUCUUGGGCAUGUCAUGGCUGCGAAGCGAGGAUCACCCGGUGAACUUCUUCCAUCGCACCGUUCACAUUCGUGAUCGGAACGGAGUACUAGUUCCAUGCACGGUGCCUCUUCCUCAUCCUUCGAUCAGCUGCCACGUGGUAUCCGCUGCAAGCAUGCGAGCUUCCAUCAUCAGAGACGACAUCGAGGAGAUGGGGGUGUGUUUUCUCCACGCCCUCCCGCCCCACGACGCUUCAUCGACGGACUCACCUUUGGAUCCACGCAUCACCGAGCUUCUCAACGCCUACAGCGACGUGUUCGAAGGCCCGCACGGAGUAGUACCGGAUCGACCCAUCCGCCACAAGAUCAUCCUCGAGGACGGGGCCGUACCUCCGCGAGGUUGCAUCUACCGAAUGAGCGAGGAAGAGUUAAGUGUGCUUCGGGCACACUCGACGACCUUCUGGAGAAAGGCUGGAUUCGGCCUAGUUCAUCGCCAUACGGUGCUCCUGUUCUCUUUGUCCGAAAGAAGAACAAGGAUUUGCGGUUGUGCAUCGAUUAUCGCAAGCUCAAUGCGCAGACGAUCAGAAACGCCGGCCCUCUCCCACGCAUCGACGAUCUUCUCGAGCGACUGGGCGGCGCUCGAUCUCAAGUCGGGAUAUCACCAACUCGAGAUUCGCAAGGAGGACCGUUACAAGACCGCAUUUAAGACGCGAUAUGGGCAUUUCGAAUGGCUGGUUAUGCCAUUUGGCCUUACGAAUGCCCCGACCACUUUCCAAGCGGCUAUGACAACGGAGUUCCGACACAUGCUGGAUCGAUACGUACUUAUCUACCUCGACGACAUCCUGGUGUACAACCGGAGUUUGGAGGAGCAUGUGGAACACCUGCGCACUGUUUUGGAGCGGCUACGACAAGCCAAGUACAAGACCAACCGCGACAAGUGCGAAUUCGCACGACAGGAGCUGGAGUACUUGGGACAUUAUGUGACGCCGCAAGGCAUCCGUCCGCUUGCGGACAAGAUCGAGGCCUUACGAGUAUGGCCCGAGCCCACCAACACCACGGACGUUCGUUCAUUCAUGGGGUUGGCGGGCUACUAUCAGCGAUUCAUCACCGGAUACUCACGGAUUGCUGCACCUAUGACGCGACUACAAUCGCCAAAGGUGCCAUUCGUGUUCGAUGACGAUGCACGCCGAUCAUUCCAAGCACUUAAGACGACCAUGCUCAUGGCACCCGUCCUCAGCAUCUAUGACCCCACCCUGCCGACGAGAGUGACUACGGACGCUUCCGGCUACGGCAUUGGGGCAGUCUUGGAACAACACGACGGCGACGACUGGCACCCUGUGGAGUAUUUCAGCCACAAAGUGCCUCCCAUCAACUCGCUUGAUGAUGCAAGGAAGAAGGAGCUGCUCGCAUUCGUCAUGGCUCUCAAGCGAUGGCGGCACUUCCUCCUUGGGCGUCGUAGGUUCACAUGGGUUACGGACAACAAUCCAUUGACUUACUACAAGACGCAGGAUACGCACGACGCUGCCCAGACGCUAGCUGUGCAUCAGGGCUGCGGACAACGACAGGAGGGAGAGGCAGCACGCUGGCAUUGUAUGCCAGACAUGCUGAUCUGGCGCCACCUGUGGUCUUCAUGGCAUGCUGAUGUGGCGCUGCAUAUGGUCUUCAUGGCAUGCGGAUAUGGUGCUGCCUCUGGUCUUCGUGGCAUGCUGACGUGGCGAUGCCUCUGGUCUUCGUGGCAUGCUGAUGUGGCGCUGCCUCUGGUCUACAUGGCAUGCUGACGUGGCGCUGCCUCUGGUAUAUGUGGCGCUGCUC